AUGACCUUGUACUUUAACACCAUGCGCGGCGUCGCCAACAGCGGCACCAUCGAAAACGACGACUGGCUCGAUUUUUUCGACUUCGAGCUUUACAGUCAGGAGACGGAUCCUGCCGUUAACAUGGCCAGCGGUACUACCACCACCACCAACUCGCCAGUUAUGCUAGUCGACAACCCGACACCUGCCACCGACUCUGCAAUCGGUAAUACUGCCUACUACUACGAACCUGCUCCGGCAUUCAGCCUCACCCCCGGCAAUGCCACGGCUCCUGGCCCCGCACCAGUGUCUGGUGCGCCCAUCGUCCAGCCCGGAGCCCGCACUUGCAGGCAGAACUUGAAGUUCCACAUGUCCAGGGAAACCGAACGCUUGAUGGCUCAACGUCUCAGAAAUGGCCAGUACACAUGCUCAGGAAAGUACUGCGGCCCUGUGGCUGCUCCCAACACCAGCUGCGCCGCCUGUAGGCAGCGCCUCAGGGCUCAUCGUCUGCGCAAGAAGCUGGCUCUCGUUGGCAAUGGCGCCCCGCCUACUGGCGGCGGUGCUGCUUCUUCGGCUGGAGGCAUGUCAUGUGAUGGCGCAGCGGACUGGAGAAUCAAAGGGAAGUAG